AUGACAUCAGUUAUUUUACUUCCAUUUGUUUACCUUUUUUAUUCCAGGAGUUUCAUCCCCCGGAAAACUGGCAAGAAGCCUGGUAAGACAUCAUUGGGGAAUGUCAGUAAGGAAGUUGGGAAGACGUCUUUAGGAAAUGUCAGCCAGAAAGAGACGACAAAUGACAAAUCUGCUACCAUUAUACCAAAUUUUCCAGCAGUGGAAUCUUACAAUAUAUCUGCUUAUUCUGAGAAUUCUAUUCUCUCAAAUGCUUCAUCUCUUGGUCUUAUUCCGGAUGAACUUCUUCAGAGUGGAAUGGAAUCUCUGUUGAAUCCUCUCAAUCAAACCAAUGUUGAUUCUGCCAAAGAAACAGCCAAUCUCUCUCGGUCUUCCAGGUUGUCUGACAUUGAGUUAGUCCGACGCCAUGCCUUGGGAAAUGUUGAUAACGCCCAGAGGAAGCUGUCCGUUGCAGGUAAUGGUCGUUUGGAUGUGACGCAGGCGUUCCUUCAGAUGCAAAUGUUAAGCAUGGGCGACAGCUCUAAGCAGCCCCCUGUUGAGUUGAAGGAAGAGGAUUUGCAGAUGCUGGACAGCGAGUUUGAACUUGAAGAUCCUGAAGAAGCUCAACCGAUUCUAGAUCUGAUAGAAGACAAUCUCAAGGAGAUAUCUUUGUUGUCUUUAAAGGGUUCUGCAAGUACAAAGCUUCCACAUGUUGACCUUGGAAAACCAAAAACUGACUUUCUGAACAUGACCCCAAGAAUUGACAACAGCCUUGAGGAGAUGUCAUAUUGCAGUACAAUUGGACGGCCAUCUGCUUUCGCUGACUCCUUUUGUCUUGAGAAGGUUCUCUCUCAGAUGACAGAAAAUGUACCAAUAGGUGGUGGACAAGCUCAGCAAAAUAGUGAGGCUGCAGAACAAGAUAAAUGGAGGCACCAGAUGAACAGCACCCUGAUAUCAUGUAAGCAUAUUCUUGCUUGGCAUUAA